AUGAGCAAGCUUGACUACAUAUUACCUAUAUUAAAAACUUCAGAUUAUGUUAAGGAUAAAGGUUUGUUAAUUUCUAAUUUAAAAAAGAUUUCAAUUACACUUUCCCAGUUAAAUAAACAAGUUCAGCUACCUAUACUGUCCCUUCUAAUAUCUACAAAAGAACUAGUUGGUAAAAACUGUGAAGUUAAAACUCUUAUAGUUAAUAGUAUACUGGAUUGUAUAAGAUUGGCUUUUCCUGAGUUUCCGAGAUAUUUUUGUACCUAUGAAUCUGAGAUAUCUAAAGUACAGAAUUAUAAUAAAGCAACAAUGAAAAUAAAAGAGAAUAAAUUAUAUGAGCAUGUAGUAAUAGGGGUUAUAGAGCAACUGGACUUCUUAUAUAAGUGUUUGGUGAAUGAAAUAUCCUUGCAUUCGAAAGAUGACUUAGUUUUAUCUAGAUACAAGUAUACAUUAGAUAGGAUAUAUAAUAAUAAUCAACUACUGUUUUUCCUAUUUGAUGGGCUAGUAUCUAAUGAUGUUAAGAAGAAAUUGAUCAUAUUAAUUUUUACGAAAUGUAUGGAUUUAAUAGGAACAAUGAAAGAUUCAAAUGAAAUAGCAAUUAUGGCAAAGUGGGUUGUAAUUAGUAUACUGCAAUAUAGUAAUGAUAGUACAGGUAAAAGAGAAAUGAUUUUAUUGAUCAUGAAGGAUUUAUCUAGAAAUAUAAUAGAGAAAUUAAGUAAUAUGGAUAAUAGUGCAAGUGAAGAUGCACUAUCUAUUAUUAGUGAUAUACUGAAUAAUUUAGGACCUAGUAGUAUUUCAUUUUAUACAAAUAAUAUAUUACAACAGGUAAUAAUAUAUAUAAAUACGGACAAAUAUAGAAAUCAGAAUAUAAAGAAAAAAUUAAGUAAUAAAGAUUCUAUCUACUGGUGGAGAAGUGAAGAAUAUACUAAAAUUCCGGAAAUUAUAAAGUAUAUUAAGGAUUAUAAAAGUGAUGUUGAUGUUAAACUUGUCGUGUAUGAAAUAAUUUCAAUACUACACAAUAUCGAUACUGAAUUCGUUCAAAGUAUCUUUUCAUUUAUUAUUAGUGAUUUAGAUAAUAUCAAUAACAAAGAAAGACUGAAUAAUAGUAAAUAUAUUGGUAAAUUAAUCCUUUCUUAUUUAGUAAAUAGUAACAAUAGUGUACUUCGUAAAAGAGGGAUUAUUGAUGAAAAUUAUAGUAUAUCAAAGUUAUUGGAUAUUUGGCUAACAUGUAUUGAUGAUAAGUGUUUGGAUAUUAGUCAAAAUAUCUUUUCAAUUAUAUAUGAAGUCAUGAAAGUAUAUUUUAAUUCUCAAAGACUGGUCAGUGUCAGUUUGAAUAAAGAUAUAAUUUGUAAAAUGGUCCAAGUUUGCAUAGAUAAUGUUGGUAACCCACAUAUUAUAAUUAGGAAAAUAAUUAUUGAUAUUUUUUCAAGUAUAUUAACGUGCUCCAAUAAUUAUUGUAUAUUAUCUAAAGCAAAAAUCUGCGAAAUUAAACAUUAUUGCCUACAAAGACUAUGCGAUAAUGAUAGGGAUGUAAGAUUUCAAUGCAUAAAAUGCAUGAAAAUAUACAAGGACGAACCUAAUCUAAUUAAUAAUUUAUGGUAUGCAUGGUUAAUUUCUGUCAAACAAGAUGAUUUUAUAUUGAGACAAAUAAUAGAAAAUAUACUUCUGACAAGUUCAGCAACACUACUUUUUAUGGAUAAAUUUCUGUGUAACAUAGAAGAUUUAAAUGAAUGGAAUUAUAAAGAUAAUGAAAUUAAAGAUAAUGAGAAAGAUUCAAAGAGUGAAGUGGCUCAUAAAAUCGCAAUAUUUUUUUUUCAGCAGCGUUUCAAGGCUCUAUCCUACUUUAGACAAUAUCUUAUAUUAAGAUAUGCAACAAUUUAUCAUCAAAAUUAUUUACCUAAGAAUAUUUUGAACAUUUUAGAAAAUAAUAUCAGUAUUAUUUUAGAAAAAUUUUCAAUGUUUAUUUUUCAUUGCAUGGAAAUUCAGACACAAAUAAAAAAAAUUGAUAUUAAGCAAAUGCUUCAAGAUAAAGCUAGAGAAUUAAUUAAAAACCUUGAUAAAGUUCUGAAAAAUAUAAAUUUAGAAGAUCAAAAUAAAAAUAAUCACUAUAUAUGGUACAAACUAUCUAUAAUAUCAGGUUUAAGUUCAUGUAUAGAAAUACAAAUAUCUGAAGACCUAUUAUCAUGCAAAUCAGGGAUGUUGAAAGUGGAUUUUUUGCAAGAUUACUAUAAUAUGAGUACAUUAGCCGAUAAACAAUUUGAAAGCGAAAGUUUAUCAAGACUAUUUAUGUUUACAUCUCCAAUAUACCCAUACUUUAGUGAUUAUAAACUAAAAUAUGGUCUUUUUAAAGUAUUUUGGUUACCUUCUCAUUUUUCUCUGCUAGAAAAUGUGGAAUUUCAUGAUCUAUUACAAGAUAAAUUUGAAGAAAUGAUAAGAUAUUUCAAUACUAUAGUAGUAAUGGCUCAGCAUUGCUACUUAAUAAAUGCAAUUAGUUCUUUUAUUAAUAAUAAAAAAAAGUGGGAUACAAUAGCUAAUUUAUCGGAUGAAUCUGCAUCUCAAGAGGUAAUGAAAAUUAUUGAAAGAUUUACAAAUAUAAAUACUAUUGAUAUUUAUAAAAAAUACUUAGAUAAAACCCAAAAUAUGGGCUUUGAAUCGUUCUAUAAAUUAAUCAAAUAUAUUAAAUCUGCAUUUAUUAGUAUCAAUUUAGAUCAUGAAUUAGGAUUAAAUAUAAAAUACAAAAUGGUAUCAAAUUGUUUUGGUGCUCAGACAUUUCAAUCUAAUAUCUGUAUAAUUGAUAUAAUAAUGAAUAAUGUAUUUGAUAAUAUUUCCAUAAAUUCUGAUAAGAGUUUAGCAUUAUUUUGGAUAUAUAAUUUAAUUUGUAGUGCUUUCCCAUAUUUAAAUUUAAAACUCCAGAGCCCUGAUAGAAGUAAAAAUAUACUCAAAAUACUAAAAAGUUCAGAAGAUAUAAGAGAUAAAAAAAAGAAUAAAGGUAAAAAAGAAAAACUCAUGGCAAUGCUACAACUGUUAUGUAUCGAAUCAAUGAACUUAAUUUAUGAAGAAUCCAGCACUACAAAAGAUUCUCUUUAUAUAGAUUUAGAUAAAAGCCCUAUGUCAAGUGAUUUAUGUAACCAAGAUCAGGAUUUAACUCAUUUUAGUGGAUUACAAAUGCUUAAAUAUAAAAAAGAAAUUUUUUUAACUUUGUUAAGAUUCCUUGAUCAGAUAAAAGGGAAAGUUAUAAAAAAGAUAAUAUUUAAAAAAGAUGAAAUUGUCGAGAUUUUCUUAACUAUAAGUAUUGCAAAUAUUAUGCUUGGUAAGUACUUUUCUAAAGCUGAUGAUGAUACAAUAAUGCAGCUUCUAGAUAUACUAACAAUAAUUUCGGAAAAUAUUAUAUAUAGUGAAGAAAAUACAAGUAUAUCUAAAUCAAAUGGAAAUAAAAAGAACAAUAUAAAGUUUUUAGAACAAAAUAUUGUAUCUUUUAUUAUAGAAACUCAAUUUCCAACUAUGCAAAGAGCUUCAAUUUACACAGAUGCAAUGAUUAUGACUCUCUCAUUUGGUCAAUUUCUCAAAUAUUUAUGCAGUAGUGAGAAUGACACAUGGCAAAUAUUUCAGAAAAAGGGGAAUAUUGAAAAAUUACUUGGAUUAGUAUCACUUUUUUUUGAAUAUGGAUCUAAAAAUGAAAAUAGCAAAAAAGGAAUUACGAACAGGAAUCCUUAA